CUUGGAGCGAAGGAUGGCAGCAGACUUUGGCGAGCUCGUGCUGAUCGUGGGCGACUACCACAUUCCUCACCGCGCCAUGGACAUUCCUGAGAAGUUCAAGAAGAUGCUCGUGCCCAACAAGAUGCAGCAUGUGCUCUGCACGGGCAACCUCGUGACCAAGGAGACCUUUGACGAGCUACGCGAGCUCGCGCCCAACGUCCACGUCGUUCGCGGCGACUUUGAUGAGAACGCGACGUUUCCGGACAAGAAGGUCGUCACGAUCGGACAAUACCGCAUUGGAUUGUGCCAUGGCCACCAGAUCGUUCCGUGGGGCGAUGUCGACAGCCUGGCUGCGCUCCAGCGCAAGAUGAACGUCGAUAUCCUCGUGACGGGACACACGCACCAGUACAAGCUCCAUGCGCAGAACGGCAAGUGGUUUGUGAACCCUGGCUCGAUCACGGGCGCGUACGGCAACUUUACCCCCGACGUCGUGCCCAGCUUCAUCCUCAUGGCCAUCCAAGGCAACAAGGUUGUGGCCUACGUCUACGAGCUCAAGGGUGACAACGUCGUCGUCUCCAAGAGCGAAUUCUCGAAAUAAAAGCAUCGUUUCGAU